AUGUCGAGCGUCGCCGGAGGCGUGGUUGGGACGACGGCCGUGUUUUCGGGGGCCGGCGGCGGCGCGCCUCUUCACGUUCUCGCGGUGGACGACAGCUCCGUCGACCGCGCCGUCAUCUCCGGCAUCCUUCGCAGCUCUCGGUUCCGUGUGACGGCCGUGGAUAGCGGGAAGAGGGCCCUGGAGCUGCUAGGAUCGGAGCCCAAUGUGAGCAUGAUAAUUACGGAUUACUGGAUGCCGGAGAUGACGGGAUACGAGCUCCUAAAGAAGGUCAAGAUGCUUGGAGGAAGGCGCAGAGGAUUUCCUGAUGAAGCCCGUCCGGCCGUCGGACGUGUCGCGGGUGUUCAACCGGGUGCUCCCAUGAGAAGAGGCGGCGGCGGCAGCGGCGUUGGUGGGGAUGCGGAAAUUGAAGGCCUUAACAACAGUGUUCAUGAUCUCCUUAUAAACAACGCGAGGCAGUUCCGUUUCCCCUCUCUCGCUCGAGGCGAUACACGAGGCAGUUCCUAG